CGAAUUUUCGAGUUUGAGCCCCAGAAAACAUACAUAAUGGCCUCCGAAGAACAAGACGCGCUGGACGCUCUCGAGAGGGAAGCUUCUGACUUUGAUAAGGAUGCAGAGAUUGAUCGUAUCAGGAAAGCUUUUGUCUUAGACGCCUACGCGGUUCUCGACCUGCAGCCGGGAGUUACAGAGAAGGAUAUCAAAGCCUGUUAUCGCAAAAAGUCCCUGCUCAUUCACCCGGAUAAGACCAAGAACCCUGCGGCCCCGGAUGCCUUCGACCGUCUUCAGAAAGCGCACUCCGCACUCAUGGAUGAGAAGCAGCGCGAAUACCUGGACGAAUGCAUUGCUGAUGCGCGACGACUAUUGAUCCGAGAACACAAGUACACCCUCGACUCUCCGGAGCUGAAGACGGACGAGUUUAAGGAGGAAUGGCGUAAGAUGUCGGUCAAGGUGCUCUUGGAAGAAGAGGCACGGCGGCGUAGGCAGGCCAAGGCCAAGCUACAAGAGGAAGGACGUGAAAGGCGCAAGGAAGAGGAAGAACUGGAGGCACGGAAACGGAAACGUGACCAGGAUAAAGCCUGGGAAGACACCCGUGAUGAACGGAUUGGUAGCUGGCGCGAUUUCCAGAAGGGCCACAAGAAGGAUGGGGAUAAAAAGAAGAAGAAGAAAAUGAAAGUGCUGGGAUGAGAUGCAUCGGCGACUGGAAUAUUCGAAGUUCGAACUAUUGAGCUCUACGGACGAUACCAUUAAUGAAACUUUUAU